AUGAAACCUGGUAAAAAUAGCUAUAACAGAGAUUAUAAAUUCUAUUUCCAAAAAUAGGAAAAUCCAAAUUCAGAAGACAUUGCACUCUUUAAGAAUAUUGAAGUUUUAGCCAUUAAUGCCAGCCUCCUAUAGAUAAUUUUCUGUUUACAUUAGCACACCUUACUAUAUAUUUUUUUGGGGUUAAAAAAAGGGAAACCCAUCUGAUGUGGAGAACAAUUGGCAUUCUAAUAGUGGCAAAUUUGCAAGAACACCCAAGAAGAGUUAGAAAUGGUUAUUAAUUGUCACAAAUGGUUUUUCUCAAUAUUUUCACCUCCACAAAAAAGAGAGCCCAAUGAGAAAUCACCAUAAAGAUGCGCAACACAUGGCCAUUGAGCCACUGCAUGUAUCUAUAUCUGGCAAUAGUUUUAUAGGUGAGGAUUGAGGAACAAACAACUUUUUUUAAAAAAAAUUAUAUUUAUAUAAUAAAUGAAGAAAUUUUGAAUUGUUUUGUUUUAUAUGAAAAGUAAGCAACGUGGGUCCCAGAGGAGUGCCAGGUGGAGAACUGGGACCCAGAAAAGAGAGAGAUGUACUAGAGGACAAAAGGUGGACUCUUCAGCUGCUCUAAAAGUGGCAAACAAUCAUGCAGCACACUCCAAAUAGGAAACAGAAGCCAUGCAAACUUGCCGUUUCAGGCCUGCCUCUCAAUCGCCAUUUGGGGAACCAUAAAACGCUCUCUUUCACUUUCUCUCUCUAUAUCAAAUUCAGAAUCCCUUUUUAUCUUCUCCACUAUAUUUAGCAAAACCCCAAAUAAAGACCCUUCUCAUUUUUUGCUCUUAACAGAUGCGCAGGAGCAGAGAGAGGGCUCUCUGUUUUUAAACAGAGAGAAGGAAAAAAAAAAAGAAAAGGUUUUUAUAAGAUAGAAACUGAUUUUGUUUGGUGGGUUUUUUCAAUUUGGGUUUUUUGUUGUUGUUGUUGUUGUUGGGGUUUUUAGGAGGAGAUGGGUAGAGGAAAGAUUGAAAUCAAACGGAUCGAGAAUGCAAAUAGCAGGCAAGUUACCUUCUCAAAGAGACGUUCUGGGUUACUCAAAAAGGCUCAGGAACUCUCUAUUCUUUGUGAUGCUGAGGUUGCCGUUAUCAUCUUCUCCAACACUGGCAAGCUAUUCGAGUUCUCCAGUGCUGGCAUGAACAAAACACUUUCAAGAUACAACAAGAACCUAGAUGCUUCAGAGGCUGCUGUUGUAGAGUACAAGACAGAGAAGCAAGAUCUAAAAGAGGUGGAUGUUCUAAAGGACGAAAUUGCAAGGCUACAAGUGAAACAAUCAAGACUGGUGGGUAAAGACCUGACUGGCUUGAGCUUGAAGGAGUUGCAGCAUCUAGAGCAGCAAUUAACUGAAGGAUUACUAUCUGUAAAAGAGAAAAAGGAGCAAUUACUGAUGGAGCAACUAGAGCAAUCUCAAGUUCGGGAACAGCGGGCUUUGCUGGAGAAUGAGACUUUGCGCAGACAGGUUGAGGAACUUCAAGGUUUCUUCCCAUCAACUAAUGGCUCAGUUCCUACUUAUCUCGAGUACUAUCCAGCAAGGAAUUCGUUAUUGAACAUUGAUGUUACAACUCCGGAUGGGGCCUGCAAUCACACAAUGGAAAGAGAGGAUUCAGACACUACCUUGCAAUUGGGGCUACCAAAUGAAGUUUAUCGGAAAAGGAAGCAGCCAGAGACAGAAAGCCACUCCAAUGAUUCGGAGAGCCAAGUGGGCCUGCUGUGAUCAUUUUCCUUAUGGUCUUCUCUUCUCCCUUUUGAUAGAAAUGGUAGAAGUUAGAACUGAAAUGAGUAUUCUACAUCGUGUCUAUUUUAGUGUUCUUGUAUGAUCAGUAUAGCCUUCCUUUUUCGACGCUAUUAUCGUAAGUACUCUGUAUAUUCAUUGCAACUUC